AUGAUCUCUGACGGCGGGGACGGGACCGUGGCAACAGCCCCUAGGGGGAAGGGGGGAGGGGAGGGGGCGGUGAAAAUAGUCCGUGUGGCGCGGGGCGAGGCAGUGUGCAGUGUGCGCGCAGGACCGCCGGACAGCGCGCCGCACGCCCACCGGCAGUGCUUCCGCGCCCGCGCCCGUGGCUUCGCGAGUGCUCCGUCGUGCUUGUGUGUGGAAUGUGCAACACCCAUGCCCAGUGACAGCACCGCCGGCAGGAGCGGCGCUGCGCCCGUGACGGCGACGGUAACCGUCACGACCAAGACGUCGACGACGCACGUAGUGGCCGCCAAGAGGACCCGCAGCGCAGCCACGUUCAUGUCCACCGCCAAGACGACGCGCGCAGCAGAAACUAAGAGCGACUGGAGUCUACAGAUGGGGGUUCCCGCGGCGCUGCACUUCAUCGAGACCCGGUCACGCCUCUUCGCGUCCGCGGUCGCCGGCGGCGUCGGCGCCGGGGGCAGCGGCGGCGCCGCGGGGCCCGUCGCCAUGCAGAAGUCCAAGUCGUCGUCGUCCGUGGUGCACCACGGCAGCCGCCUCGUCGCCAAGAAGAUAUGGCGCGCGCGCUCCAAGAGCCAGAGCCGCGCCUCGGCGCUGUCCACCUGCACCUGGACGCCGCAGGGCAACUGCACGUGGUCGAACGUGUCGGGGAGGCAGGUGCAGCUGUCGGACGCGCCGCUGCUGCAGCUGAGCGAGCCCGAGCGCCUGGUGCUGGCGCAGGUGGCGCUGGCCAAGCUGCGCGCGCUCAACCUGGGCGUCACCGUGCGAGUGCCCUCCGACACGGUGGCGGCGCCGUCGCACAAGCCGAAGAGGCGUGCCUACCUGCUCAAGCGGAAGGCGCUCACUACCGGCUUCUUCGACACCGGCCGCGCCAAGGACGCCGACAAGGACAAGGAGAACACGGGGCAGGUGUUCGGCGUGCCGCUGAGCCAGUGCGUGGAGAACGAGCGCGUGAGCAGGCUGGCGCUGAGGGGCAGCCGCAGCGGGGACCUGCGCCAGCAGUCGCGGCACGGCAGCCGCUCCUCCUUCAGCAGCCUCAUAGAGGGCGCCAGGCCCGAGGAGAGCGGCUCGUGCGAGAGCCUGCUGGUGGGCAGCGUGCCCGGGCUGCUGGACUCGCUGUCGUGCGGCUCCUCGGCCGACAUCCUGACGGCGCCGCCGCCCGAUGACGAACCGUGCAUCCCCGGCGUCGUGGCCGCCUGCCUCAACCAUCUCGAGACCUACGGCCUCAACACGCUCGGCAUCUUCCGCGUCAGCACCUCCAAGAAGAGGGUUCGCCAGUUGCGAGAAGACUUCGACAGUGGGAAGGACAUUACCCUUGGUCGGGAUCACUGUCCACAUGAUGUGGCCACUCUGUUGAAGGAGUAUUUCAGGGAUCUGCCAGAACCGUUGCUUUGCAGGGACCUGUAUCCAGCCUUCGUUCAGACACAGCGGAUACGAAACAGACGGCUGCAGUAUGAAGCUCUGCAGCACUUAAUUCAGCUCCUGCCUGUGGCAAACAGAGACACCUUGUGGUCACUCGUCAGCUUCUUGGCCAAUGUCGCAAGACAUGCUCCAGAUACCCAGGAUGCCUCAGGUGAAUGGGUCUUGGGUAACAAGAUGGAUUCUAACAAUUUGGCAACUGUUUUUGCUCCAAAUAUUCUGCACUGUGUAAAGCCAGGAGCAUCUAAAGACAUACCUACCACACAGGAAAGAGCAGAGGAUCGGAUAGAUGUUAUCAAUGUUUUACGCACUAUGAUAGAUCACUAUAGGGAUCUUUUUAUGGUGCCAGCAGAGCUUCUAGAUGAAGUGUAUGUGCAUAUGAUGGACAGUCACCCUGAUGCACUCAAUCAGCUUCUUAACAAACGUGCUGGGACAGAUGACGUCCUGGAUGAUUUGGAGACACCUACUCAAGAAAGUGAGUCAACAUCAACACCAAGAACACCAACAGCUGACAUUCUCGAGCUACAUCUAGAAGAACCAGCAGAAGCAUCGGAAGCACAUGGAGUUAUACGAAGAAUGUGGUCUCGUGAAGAGUUUCUCCAUGAAACAGCAGGCAUGGGUGGACCAGAUGUGGCAAUGAGACCCAGACAUAAAGAACGCACUCGAGAAAGACCUUCUAAGAAACGGUGGCGUGAGGAACCGCUGAAACACAAUCGUCCAGCCGAAGGAGACAGCAGAAAAUCUAGUGAUGCCAGUGCAGUAAGUGGUGAAGGUACUGUCAUCACUGCAUCACUGAAGAUUCCUGUCCCUGGAUCACUAGGCAUCGAUGAGAGUGACAUACCUUUCAUUGAAGACAGUGGCUGCAGUGCAUCCACAGACAGCCAGCAGGGAGCAGUGCAUGGGUCGACGACAAGACGGCGACGGCAGCACUCUGCUAGUGGUAGUGAUUCAUCGCAGACCUCAAUCCAUCCAUCUGCGUCAGCUGAUUCAGCACUGGGAUCUUCAUCAGUAGCCACCACAACCGUAAGCAGUCCGCCUCGACAUGCAACGCCACCAUCUCUUUGCAGCAGUGCUUCGCCUCCACCAUCCUGGGCAUCCAGUCCACCCACAUCUCCUGAUGCAGCUGCAAAUGCAUCGUUUGUGGGUCUACAUGAUGACAGAACAACUCAUCUAACUGCUGGUGCAAAGUCUUCCUCUGUUACUGCGUACCAGAGGCAACAGUCAGAACAAGUUAAAGGCACUGUAGUUAUGGCAAAGGAAGUGGCACCUAUUAUUCUUCAGAAAGUGACAUUUGCUUCCACAAGUGAGCUACGACAAACUCAGAAAGUGGCAGAACAAGCUCCAGUGAUACAUUCUAAAGAAUUUUCUCCUACUGUAGAACAGCACCAUGUUUCCAAAGGAAGUGGAAUGCCUGUCUCCACACUACAAGUAGCAGACCAGUUAUCUAAAAGUGCUAGCACUUCCUCUAUGCCAUCAGGUAGUGUUUCUUCUAAACAAGUGAUAGUACAGGACCCUAAGACAAAUGCAGAAGCAUUGGAACAAAGGCUAAGUGGUGACAGGAAGUACACUGCAAGUAUAUCAAGUAUUGGGGGAGCUGUUUUGCGCUCAAAGACAGCAGACAUAGAACGUAUGUUGAGGAUAGAGAAAGUGGAAAAUGCAAAAGCACCACAGGUGUUUGAACCUGCACAUCAGGGAGACCAAGAUGAUAAGAAGAAGUACACAAAGCGCAGGUAUACUGAAUCUCGUCAUCAGACAAGGCAUAUUCCUGAUGUAAACGCUUUGCGAGAUGCAGGUGUAGCAGCAGAUAUGUCUGUACCCACAGUAACUGCAGCCCAAAGAAGAAACCAACAGCAACAGGGGCCUGUGUAUAAGAGAAGAGAACUGAUUGCUAGUGAUCCAAAACAAAAUGAAACAUUUCUAUAAACAGUUUUGUAUUAUAUGAUUGCUAGUCAUCAGUGUGUUCCUGUUUUGUACUUGAUAAAUGUACCAUGAAGAAAGAAACUGUCUGACAUAUGCUUCUAUGAUGUACAUACACAACUUUUUCUUCACUAAUCUAUUCUUGUUGUAUGUUUGUCUGUGCAAUGUCACUACAAAAUAUUCACAACAUUGCUUCUCAAAACAGAUUUAAUAAGACAAUACCCCCCCCCCCCC